CCGCUCUCUUGCCUUCCUCUUCUCCAUAUAUUCUCCUCCUCCACACAUACGCACAUAAGAGAACAGAGAACCAAGAGCGACAGAGAAAGAGCAUCACCAUCACCAUGGGAAGGUCGCCUUGCUGCGAGAAGGCUCACACGAACAAAGGAGCGUGGACCAAAGAAGAAGACCAACAUCUCAUCGAUUACAUCCGUAAACACGGCGAAGGCUGCUGGCGUUCUCUUCCCAAAGCCGCCGGGUUACUGCGUUGCGGCAAGAGUUGCAGGUUGAGAUGGAUAAAUUAUCUCCGACCAGAUCUCAAGAGAGGGAACUUCACCGAAGAGGAAGUUGAGCUCAUCAUCAAGCUCCACAGCUUGCUCGGAAACAAAUGGUCUUUGAUCGCCGGAAGAUUACCAGGAAGAACAGAUAACGAGAUCAAGAAUUACUGGAACACUCACAUCAAGCGAAAGCUUCUCAGCCGUGGGAUCGACCCUCAGUCCCACCGUCCGAUCAACGCUUCCGCCGUCGUCACCGACCCCAAAAAUAACGCCGCCGUUAAUCCCAAAACGGAAUAUUCCUCCGACAACGGCGCCGCCACAAGCGGCACGACCACCGACGAAGAUCUCCGGCAAAACGGCGACUGUUACCACAGCAAUGAUAAUUCCGGGCUCGAGGAACUCAAUCUGGAGCUCACUCUCGGGUCCGGGUCCGGGUCGCAGCGUUCGUUCGUGCCGUAACUUUUGGCUCACGUGAUGAAAAGGUACAGUUUUGUUCUUAUUUCUUUAGUUUUAUCGCUUAAAAAAAAGUCCUCAUCAUAGAUUUGCUAAAAUGUCAAAAUAUUUCAUCGAUUUAAUUUGCAAAUAUCUGUGUGCUAAUAAUGUAAUCAAUUAUAAAUAUUCCGUUUCUUUUUGAA